AUGGACAAGCCAAACCGGUUUUGGCUGCCUAAAUAUUCUCGUAACUCCCUGAUGGUCCAAACAAUAAAGACAAACCUAACAGGCCCGGACAUACAUGUGCUUUUCUUUGAUGUGGAAGCGCUGAUUAUUCAACUCCUGACUGAAGAAGCCUCUAGGCCGAACACCGCGCUUAUUUCCCCUGAGAAUUUGCAGAAAGCAUCUGACAGGGCAGACAGGGGCUCUUUUCUAACUGGAAAACGAGCAGUGGUUCUCUUCCAACAAGUGAAAGAAACCAUCAAAGAGAACAUAAAGGAGCACCUCCUUGGCAAGGGGGAGGAAGAGGAGACCAUGAGGCAGAGAAGGGAGGAGAGUGAUCCUGAAUAUCGGGCCAGCAAAUCAAAGCCACUGACCUGUACCCUGUUAGAAUAUAAUUUGACUAUGGACACUGCAAAGUUGUUCAUGUCCUGCCUUCAUGCCUGGGGCUUAAACCAAGUUCUGGACGAAGUUUGUCUCCAUCGUCUUGGAAUGCUGAAGCCCCACUGUCCAGUGUCGUUCGGCCUCUUAUCGAGAGGAGGUCAUAUGUCACUGAUGCUUCCUGGUUAUAAUCGGGCUGCCUGUGCACUGUCACACAGGAAAGCGGAAGAAGAAAGGAAGCUUCCAGCAAUGGAGGGAGUAGGUAAGGGCACGUACAGAGUGUCUCGAGCCGUCACCACACAGCAUCUCCUGUCGGUCAUCUCUUUGGCAAAUACCUUGAUGAGUAUGACCAGUGCAACUUUUAUUGGUGAUCAUAUGAAGAAGGCCCCUACCAGGCCACCUAGACCAAGCACCCCAGACCUUUCUAAUGCCAGGGGUUCCCCUCCAACUUCCAGAAAUAUUGUGCAAGGACAAAUUAAACAAGGCUGGAGUCAGCUAGCUGCGAUGAAUUGUGUGAUGCUGCCAGAUCUGCUGGGACUGGACAAGUUUCGGCCUCCACUUCUAGAGAUGCUCGCUCAGAGAUGGCAAGAUGGACGCUUGGAGGUCAGAGAAGCCGCGCAGGCCCUGCUUCUGGCCGAGCUGCGAAGGGUUGAGCAGGCGGGCUGGAAGGAAGCCAUCAAUGCCUGGGCUCCGUAUGCACCUCAGUACACAGACCAUGUCAUGUCACCUGGGGUCUCAGCGGAAGCCAUGCAGACCAUCACCACUGCUCCUGACACCGCCUCGGGGCCUGAAGCCAAAGCCCAGGAGGAAGAGCAUGACCUUGCAGAAGAUGACAUCACAACUGGAGUCAUAGGAGCUGAAUUUGGUGCUGAAAUUGAACCUCCUACACUGUUGAACAGACCUCGAAGCUCUAGUCAGAUUCCUGAGGGAUUUGGUUUGACUACUGGUGGAUCCAACUACUCACUGGCCAGACAUACUUGCAAGGCACUGACGUUUCUUCUGCUCCAGCCCCCGAGCCCCAAGCUUCCUCCUCACAGUACCAGCCGGAGAACAGCCAUCGAUCUGAUUGGACGCGGGUUCACGGUGUGGGAGCCUUACAUGGAUGUGUCUGCCGUCCUCAUGGGGCUGCUGGAACUCUAGCUCGCCAGCAUCACAAUGGGGCUGCCUCUGAGCCCAGCAGCUGACUCCGCCAGCUCAGCCAGGCGUGCCCUCUCCCUCAUUGCCACUGCCAGACCACCCGCCUUCCUCACCACCAUAGCCAAAGAGGUCCACAGACACACUGCUCUGGCCGCGAACACCCUGCAGCAGAAUAUACACACGACUGCUCUCGCACGAGCUAAAAGGGAAAUUCUGAGAAUCAUUGAAAUUCUCAUUGAAAAGAUGCCCACAGAUGUUGUGGAUCUUCUUGUGGAGGUUAUGGACAUCAUUAUGUACUGCCUCAAAGGAUCUCUAGUUAAAAAGAAAGGUCUUCAGGAGUGUUUCCCAGCUAUCUGCAGGUUCUACAUGGUCAGCUAUUAUGAGCGGAGUCACAGGAUAGCCGUGGGAGCUCGCAAUGGUUCGGUGGCCCUGUACGAUCGGACUGGAAAAUGUCAGACAGUCCACGGACACAAGGGCCCGAUCACUGCAGUGGCCUUCGCUCCUGAUGGGCGCUAUCUUGCUACCUACUCGAACACCUUCUGGCAGAUGAACACCUCGCUGCUGGGAAGCAUCGGCAUGCUGAACUCGGCACCCCAGCUGCGCUGUAUUAAAACCUACCAGGUGCCCCCUGUGCAGCUGGCCUCCCCCGGCCCCCACCACGCCCUCCGACUAGCCCGGCUCAUCUGGACGUCCAACCGCAACAUCAUCCUGAUGGCCCACGACGGGAAGGAGCACUGCUUCAUUGUCUGAGGCUGGCGCUGCCCAUGCCUGCUCUCGCGCGCAGUUCUCUAAGCCCAGAUCCCUCUGUCCUUAUGCUGGGUCCCUCCUCAGUGCUG